AUGUCAAACAAUGCAACAAAUAUUUGCUUAACAAAUCAACAAAUGCGAUUACAUGGGAAUGAAGUGGAGAAAUACCUGCAACGAUUCCUGUAUCCGUGUAUCGUAAUACUUGGUAUUACAGGAAAUGUACUAAAUCUUACUGUAUUGCUUAAUCGUUCAAUGCGAAGCAGGUCAAAUAUUUUUUUGGCAGCAUUAGCAAUAGCUGAUAUAAUAUUCCUAUUACUUCUUUUACCUAAUGUUUUGGCUACUUAUCCGAUAUUCACUUAUAAUUAUACAUAUCGUUACAUUUAUUUUCAUAUUAAAAUUCAUUUAUUAUCCUUAACUAAUUGGGUUUCCAGUGCUGCUAUUUGGUUAGUGGUAGCUGUAUGUGCGGAUCGUUUAAUUGGUAUUAGAAGACCAUUGCAUGCUAAAACUAAUUACAACAAACAUCGUAUACCAUUGUUAAUUGCUGUAAUUGUAACAAUUACUGGAAUUGUCAACUUUUAUCAGCAUUUUCAAUACAAAUGCUUCAUGCGGAAUUACUGUAAUCGAACACAAAUUUACUCCAGAUGUAUUCUAAUUAAUAAUGAUGGGCGUUGGUUUCGAAAUCGAACAAAUCCUUAUUCCGUAUCAUAUCGUAAUUUCAUUGAUAUUGGUGUUACAGUAAAUGCUAUUACAACAAUUAUUUUGCCCAUAAUUUUAUUAUCCUUUUUUAACUUUCUAUUACUUUGCAUAUUACGCAAUCGUCGUGAUUUAUUACUCGUUUCUACCAAUCAACAAAGUUUGCCAAAGAAGAAACGUAGCUUACAGUAUCUGAAGAUGGAGCAUCGUGUCACAUUAAUGGUUACAUUAAUUGUUACAACAUUUAUUAUCUUGAAUGGUCCAUCAGCGGUCAUACAUUUGGUCAAUUUAGCUCGUAAAAAGAAACUUAAUUAUAAUUUUACACUUCUUGGAAAUACAUUGGUAAUAAUUGAUAAAGCAUGCAAUUUUAUUGUAUUUUGCUUAACAAGCCAACAUUUUCGUGCACGCUUAUUUCAAUUAACUCAACGAAAAGUUAAUCGAUUCUCUGUAAAUUUAUUACAAAUUGGUUAUAAUAUGCGACAUGUUGGGAGUAUGUAA